UUUAAAUAAAUAGUAAGAAAAAUUAAAAAACAAAAAUCUAAAAAUUUCACAUUUCAGAUUUGAUAUAAUUUCACAAGUUCAUAUAAUUAAUAGCUCAAAAAAUGAAUAAGAUCAACAAUUAGCAAGGAAUAACAAACAGCUAUUACUAUAAUAAUAGCUACUUUUAACAGAGAGAUAGCCCAUAAAAUAUGAUAAAUAGAUAAUAUAUGGGUAUCUCAAAAAACAAAACAGUUUUAUUCAACCAAGCAAAGUAGUUCUACAAAAAGUAGAAAAAUGUCAACAUAAAUGGCUCAGUUCAUCACACCACAUUGAACCUUCCUCCUCGCUACUUUGAUAAUUUUGAAUUUGCAAAGCGUGACCUUUAAGAUAUUUAGCUACAAAUUGAUGAAAUAGUUCAGUUAAUAAAUGACCGUAUUUCAAUACAAUUUAGCAAAACAGAUCAAUUAAAAGAACAAAGAGUAAAAACUAAGCAAGACAAUGUUAUGCACAUGAUAAAAGGUUUCGAAAUAAAGCUAAAUUAGAUAGCUAAUGAUAAUACAGAAGAUACGGGAUAAAUUGAUGAAAAAAUAAGGAGAAAUAUGAGAAUUUCAUUAACAUCAUAAUUGUAAGAUUCAACAUUAGUUUUAAGAGACGCUCAAAAAAGGUAUUAAGAGUUUAUGCAAUUCAAUAAUAAGUAAAGUAACUUCAAUAAAAUGAAUGUUGUAGAUCCGUAUUAAUUUUAAAAUUAAUCUAACCAUAACUUGCUUGGAUAAUAAUAAUAAAACCAGUAAUUUUCGAAUUCAUAUGAAAGAGAUUACUAGCUUUUAAGAGAGUAGCGUAUAAACGCAGUAGCAGAAUCUAUAAAAUAAUUAACAAUAAUUUUUGGAUAAAUGAAUGAAAUUGUAAUAUAAAAUGGAACUAUCCUUGAUAGAAUAGAUUCAAAUUUAGAGAAAGUAUAAGUAAAUAUCAAAAAAGGUGCAUAAUAAAUAAAGAAAGCCAAUAAUAAUAGCUUAAAAGGAAAUUUUGCAUAAAAGUGCAUUUGUACUUUAAUAAUGCUCAAUGCAAUUGUUAUGUGUAUUUUAAUAUUAAAAUUAACAGUCUUUUGAAGCUAAGAAAAUAAAUUAAUAACACCAAAAAAUAAUAUAUAUCUAUAUUAAAUACUAAUCUAAGAGAGUCUUUUAACAAAAACUUAUCAUAUAUCAUUAUAUUAUAAUAUUUUAAAGCUAUUUUAAUGUUCUAUUAUAUUGCAUGUAUAUAAUAUUCAAUUCUAAUUAUU